AUGCACCGCCAAAGGCAGCUGCACCACGAAGAAUGGCAAGAUCACACUCGACGCAAACUGGCGCUGGCUUCAUCAAAAGAAUCCACCAACUGCUACAAUGGCAACACGUGGGACACGACCGCCUGCCCUGACAACAAAGCCUGUGCGACCAACUGCGCGAUCGAUGGAGCUGACUACAGCGGCACAUACGGAAUCACAGCGAGUAGCAACUCUCUGAAGUUAAAGUUCAUCACAAAGGGCUCUUACUCUACCAACAUCGGGUCCCGUACAUACCUCAUGAAGGAUGACAGCACAUACGAGAUGUUCAAAUUCACCGGCAACCAAGAAUUCACAUUCGAUGUCGAUCUCUCCAAUCUACCCUGUGGCUUCAACGGCGCGCUUUACUUUGUCUCUAUGGAUGCCGAUGGUGGCAUGAAGAAGUACUCAACAAACAAGGCGGGUGCCAAGUACGGUACUGGAUACUGUGACGCUCAAUGCCCCAGGGACUUGAAGUUCAUCAACGGCGAGGGCAACGUCGAAGGCUGGCAACCAUCCUCAAACGACAAGAACGCAGGUGUCGGUGGCUACGGCUCCUGCUGCGCAGAAAUGGACAUCUGGGAAGCAAACUCGGUCAGCACGGCCGUUACACCCCACUCCUGCUCAACAAUCGAGCAGGCCCGCUGCUCAGGCGACACCUGCGGUGGAACCUAUUCUGCUGACCGCUACGCCGGCACCUGCGACCCCGAUGGUUGCGAUUUCAACAGCUACCGCAUGGGCGUCAAGGACUUCUACGGCAAAGGAAAGACUGUCGACACAUCCAAGAAGUUCACCAUCGUCACUCAAUUCAUCGGCACAGGCGACAACAUGGAAAUCAAGCGCUUCUACGUCCAAGGCGGCAAGACCAUACCCCAGCCCGCAUCCGCCAUCCCCGGUGUCGACGGCAACUCCAUCACGACCAAGUUCUGCGACCAGCAAAAGGCUGUCUUCGGCGACCGCUACACGUUCAAGGAGAAGGGUGGUAUGGCAAACAUGGCCAAGGCUCUCGCCAAUGGUAUGGUUCUCGUCAUGAGUCUGUGGGAUGACCACAACAGCAACAUGCUCUGGCUUGACUCCACCUACCCAACUGACAAGAACCCCGACACUGAUCUCGGAAGCGCACGAGGAGAGUGUGAGACUACCAGUGGUGCGCCUGCGGAUGUUGAGAGCAAGUAUCCUGAUGCUACGGUUACUUACAGCAACAUCAAGUUUGGUCCGCUCAACUCGACCUUUGGUUGA